AUGAUGGCAAACCAAUUCAAGAAACGAGUAUAUCCAUUAUAGAAUAGUAAGACCAAUUGAACUUACAUCAUGCUUAUCAAACCUUGGAACGAUUUACCUACACCUCGUCAUGCUCUUGAAGAGGAUUCAAAUGAACAACCUCAAGUACCAAUCGUUGACAUUACCCUUGACGAGACUGUAUCAGAAAUUGACCAUUUCUUAGUGAUUCCAUCAUCGAUUAAGGUAGUUGAAGAUGGACUUGUGGGUCGUAAAAUCGGUUCUAUCCGCAUAUAUUAUAAGGUUGAGCCAAAAGUAGACGCUAAGAUCGGUGAUGACGAUGAAGAAGAAGACUACGAUGAAGAUGAACAACUCUAUAAGGUGAUUGUUGAAGGCAAAUCAAACACAUACGAGGAAACAAUAAUCCCUAUUGUCCACCUGUUAAACUCAAUUAGUAUAGUGGUGCCAAAUUUUAAGAAUGUUAUUGCUAACAAUUUUUUAGCUCGUAAAUUGAUUGAACAAUUCGACUCAAUUAUCACCAAAUCUUGGAUAACAUUAGCACCAUGUCACCUUAACAAUGGACAGACUCUCAGUAAACUUGAAGCUUCACAGGUGAAGAUAACGGGCAAGGGAUCUAAGAUUCCAGAAUCAUAUACUUUUGUUCCUAAGUUGAACCCUCCACAUUUCAUCACAGGUAUAUCUGCCUCUGUUAAUUCUGUUUUAAAUUUACAGAAGGAGCCUAAAUUGGUCUCUUUAGUAUUGAAUGCAGAUGGUCAACCUGGAUAUGAGAAAUUGGAUUCAGAUGCCAUUAUGGAUGCCGCAUACGUAGUAGGAGACUUUAUUACUAUUGACGCAGCUGGUAAAGAAAAGUAUAUUCAAGCUAUCAGCAAGCAAGUGAGGAAGUUUAACAGUUACUCCAAUUCGGGGAUGUAUUUAUAA